AAAUUUAUGUUUUCAUCCAACUGGGCCAAGGAGAAUGGGGGUCCCACACCCAAAAGAAUGAAGACUCGACAGAACAAAGACUCGAUGUCAAUGCGGAGUGGACGGAAGAAGGAGACUCCCGGACCCCGAGAGGAGCUCAGGUCACGGGGCCGAGCCUCCCCAGGUGGCAUCAGCACUUCUAGCAGUGAUGGCAAAACUGAGAAAUCCCGGCAAACCAAUAAGAAAGGACGGGUGGAGGAGUCCUGUACCCCCAAGGGUAACAAGCAGGGCCGGAUGGAGGAGAUUUCAGAGAGUGAAGGGGAGGACAGCAAUGCCCCCAAGAAAACCAAAACUGAGGAGCUACCAUGUCCCCAGUCUCCCUCGGAUGUUGACAGCCUUGAUGGUCACAGCUUCAAUGAUGAGAUGAGCAGUGACCCACGGGACAUUGACCAGGAUAACCGGAGCACCUCGCCCAGUGUCUACAGCCCAGGCAGCGUGGAGAAUGACUCAGACUCGUCCUCUGUGCUGUCCCAAGGGCCAUCCCACUCCUACCGUCAUCCCUCACUGUUCCCCCAGAGUCCCCCACCUGCCCCUCCAAUUGACAGCCUAGCCCGUCCACUCGAGCCAGGUUUCAGCCUAGCAGGCGAGGUCCACCCUCAGGCCCCUGCAGGUGGCUACCACUCUCAACUUGAGACUCAGGCAUCGAGGAUUUUCCAGGCCCAGGCACCACCAGUGCCUGCCUCCUCUUCCUCUUCCUCUGCUGCACAUGCUCCUCUUUAUCCCACUGCGAGUGUGGUCCAGGGGGGGCCCAAAGCCACUACUGGAGGGGGGGGCCUCCCAGUGCCGGGAGGGCGUGAACAGACCCUUGGUGCCAAGCACAACCCACCACCCACUACUCCCAUCUCCCUGGCCUCUGUGGCAGGGGGGCUACCCCCUCAGAAGACUCCCCCAGGCAACCCCCUGGUAGCACCCCCAGCUUCUGCUCCCUCCUUCCCCCAUGUCACAGCCAACCUGCCUCCCCCACCAGCCCUGCGCCCACUGAAUAAUGCGUCCACCAACUCCAACUCACCUGGGAUGGUGGGGCAGGCAUUGAGUGGGCACCUCCCAUCGCCCCAUGGGAUGGGGCAGGACAAGGCACCUGCCCCACCCCCCUCACGUUACCCCUAUGCCCCCCCUCCACCCAGCUCUUCUGCUCAGUACCCUCCACCUCCCCCUGCCCAGGCCCUGCCCAGCUACAGUGCCUCCUAUGCCCACUCUUUCCCCCCACCUAGUGGCCUCUCCAUCUCCAGCCAGCCCCCCAAGUACACCCAGCCCUCUCUGCCCUCCCAGCCCGUGUGGAGCCAGGGUCCACCACCCUAUGGCCGCCCCCUGGGCAACACCAGCUCCCACCCCACUGCCUCCUUCCCUGGCCAGCCCUCCCAGCAGCCACCACAGCAGCACCACCACCAUGGCCAUGGCACUGGAGCGGGGGUCUCCCCAGCCACAGCAGCUCCUCCCCAGCCACCUGGAGGUUACCCCCACCCCUUGGAGUCAGGCACUCAUCACCCUUCACAUGUUGCCUAUGGGCUACGUCUCUACCCACCCCACAGCCAGGCCUCAUACAGCCAGGCUCCUUCAGCCUCCUCUUCCUCCUCCUCCUCCUCCUCCUCCUCUUCCCAGGGGACAUACCCAGGUGUCUGCGCUCACCCCCAAGGGCAGAGUCCUGCUGCCUACGCCUUCCCUCCGCCACCUCCACCCUCACCUGCGCAUGGAGCUGGCCCACCAGUCACCUCUGCCUCUGUCACCCUCUCCACUGUCAUAGCCACCAUGGCCUCCUCCUCAGCCCCCUACAAGACGGUGUCACCCCCUGUUCCUCCCUCCACUGUGGCCCCCUAUGCGAAGCGGGCAGGCUCACCUGCCCCCACAUUCCAGCCCCCAGCUCCCUACAAGCCAGGCUCACCCCCUUCUUCCUCCACUUCAUCAUUCCGUGCAGCCACGCCCCCCGGGUACAGAAUGACCUCUUCUCCAGCGGCUGGCAGCUACAAGGCCCCUUCACCUGCUCCCACUGCCCCCCCAUUGCCUGGCGGCAUGGGAGCCCCUGCUCCCCACCUACCACCACUACCACUGAGCGCUGCACAGAUCAAGCAAGAGCCAUCAGAGGAGUACGAGCCCCCGGAGAGCCCAAUGCCGCCGGCUCGGAGUCCCUCACCAGCCCCCAAAGUGGUGGACGUACCAAGUCAUGCCAGCCAGUCAGCCAGGUUCAACAAACACCUAGAUCGUGGCUUCAACUCCUGCUCCCGUACAGACCUUUACUUCGUGCCCCUGGAUGGCUCCAAACUCGCCAAAAAACGGGCGGAUUUAGUAGAGAAGGUCCGCAGGGAGGCUGAACAGAAGGCCCGGGAGGAGAAGGAGCGGGAGAGGGAGCGGGAGAGGGAGAAGGAGAGAGAGAGAGAAAAGGAGAGAGAAUUGGAGAGAAGUGUGAAGAUGGCUCAGGAGGGCCGGCCAGUGGAGUGUUCAUCUCUCGGCCCUGUCGCUCACCGUCCAUCCUUUGAGCAAGGCAGUGCCGUGGCUACCGUCCCGCCGUACCUGGGCCCCGACACUCCAGCUUUGCGCACGCUCAGCGAGUACGCCCGGCCCCAUGUCAUGUCCCCCAGCAACCGCAAUCACCCCUUCUAUGUGCCGCUGGGUGCUGUUGACCCCGGUCUGCUGGGCUAUAAUGUGCCAGCCAUCUACAGCAGUGAUCCAGCCACACGGGAACGGGAGCUGAGGGAACGGGAGGCCCGGGAACGAGACCUGCGGGACCGGGACCUGCGGGAGCGUCUCAAGCCUGGUUUUGAAGUCAAGCCAGCUGAGUUGGAGCAGCUCCAUGCUGUGCCUGCUGCUGCCAUGGAUCCUUUCCCGCGCCAUGGAGGGCUGGCUCUGCAAGCAGCCCCUGGCCUACACCCUGCUUUCCCCUUCCACCCAGGGCUGGGCCAUCUGGAGCGGGAGCGGCUGGCACUCGCCACCGGCCCAGCCCUGCGUCCCGAUAUGUCAUAUGCUGAGCGACUGGCGGCUGAGCGGCAACAUGCAGAGCGGGUAGCUGCCCUGAGCAAUGACCCCCUGGCCCGACUGCAGAUGCUCAAUGUGACGCCCCAUCAUCACCAGCACUCACACAUCCACUCCCAUCUCCAUCUGCACCAACAGGAUGCCAUUCAUGCAGCCUCAGCCUCUGUUCACCCCCUUAUUGACCCAUUGGCCUCGGGGUCACAUCUCACUCGGAUCCCAUACCCAGCUGGUACCAUCCCCAACCCACUCCUUCCUCACCCACUACAUGAGAAUGAGGUGCUGCGCCACCAACUUUUCGCUGCCCCCUACAGGGACUUGCCGGGAUCUCUCUCUGCUCCCAUGUCCGCAGCUCAUCAGCUCCAGGCCAUGCAUGCACAGUCAGCAGAGCUGCAGCGUCUGGCUCUGGAGCAGCAGCAAUGGCUUCACGCCCAUCACCCUCUGCAUGGAGUGCCACUCCCUACACAGGAGGAUUAUUACAGUCACCUGAAGAAAGAAAGUGACAAACCCCUUUAAAUGGACCCCAACCCUCACAAUGACAUCAUCAUGUCUCCCU